AUGGAUUUUAGCGUACUAAAUAAUGUGGAACCAGCAGGAACUUCGAGAGGUUCGGAAACAGGGGAAAAUGAAGUUUUCAGUUGGAAUUCAGGAGGAAACGAAAACGACGACGAUGGUGUCGACGUUCUCACUGCUGUUGAGAAUGCUCUAGGUAUUUUCUUCAUGAAAUUAAAUGGAAACAUGUGUCUUGAGGUGAACAUACCAACGAACAAGACGAUUACAUAAAUCGUUUCGCGGAAGAUGGAAACUUGGAUUACAAUGAUUUCAUGCGAAUUACUGGCGGCCAGACGAUUGAAGAGGAGUUGGCAAACAAUUCAGGUGAAUGAACGAUAAAUCAGGUAAUUUCAGGUAAAAUUGGCAAUAAAAAAUAAAAGUAAAGUUAAUAUAAAAAAAAAAGUUUUCUCUUAAUACGUUGAAGUAUUGUUUUAAAUUUGAGUUUUGAGUUUAAUGUUUGAAAAAAGAAUCUAUCGAGAACACUUUGAAGUAUUAUCAAUCACCGGUUCAAAAUCAAUCGUAUCAAAAGAUUUAUACGUCGCUCGAGUGGUUCAAAGGCGUAGGAAGGAGAAAAAGAAAGGGAAAACAUAAAUUCCAUUGAAGCCAUCCGUUAUUUCUAAGACUUCUUCUCACACAGCGUUCUAAAACGGGGUUUACGUAAAAAGAGACACUAUUCUCAAUGGAGCGCGUAACUUGGAGCGUUGUCAAUCAAAAUCAAAGUGCUUUUUUUCUUUAAUUCACAUGCUAUUAACUUUUUUUGAUUGUUUUUCAAAAUCUUUUUUUUGUUUCUAUGCACGUAAAUUUUUAAUUAAUGUUUUUAAACGUAUUAGAAAGUUUUUAAAGUAUCCAUAGCUCGGUAAUGUGUCGAAACGUUGUUUAUAAAAAAAAGAAAAUACUGUAUCCAAGAGAUAAAAUCGAAAUUCCAACUCCAAGAAUCGAUCAAAAUAUCAGUUUCCAACUAAUAAACAAGAAAAAAAAGCUGUCAGUGUCCGCGCAAAAGAGAAAAAUUUCGACUUGACGAAAAAAUUCAAAAAAAGGUGUAAUUGGUCUGUACCUAAGAGACAAAAGAGAAAAUCGAAAUUUCAACUCCAGGAACCGAUCACAUUAUCAGUUUUCAAUUACUUAAACAGGAAAGAAAAGAAUACAAAAUCAAACCUGAGUUAAAAAUUUCGACUUUCGUGAACAGAACAAUUAUGUAGUCCUUUGAACCAAUCAAACCACAAGAAUAUAAACUGCGAAAUUUCAAGAGAGUUUUAGGAAAUGACUAGCAACACUUGGAAACUAUAAAUGUCAGGAAAAAAAAAUGCUAGCCUUCAAAUAAUCAAAAAAUCCGGACUCUUAAUUACGACGCGAAAAAGACGAUUGUUAGCCGCGCCCACUCAUGCAACGUCCGCAUGCUUUUCAGAAAAGGGGCGGGAACCCUGCUUUAGAACGCUGUGCUCACUAGGGCAUGGUCUCCGCUCGACAACAAGUUGAGAAUUGAGACUUUGUGGCUGGAUAGGCCUAGGUGAGAGUACUCGGGAUCAAAAAUAAAAUUCUGCUAAACCCCACAGGCAGCCGAGGAAAGGCUCGUCAAAAUUUUUCCAGCGCGCAUUUGGCCGCGCUCGGAGCCUUCGGCUAGCAACUGGCAGCGUGGUGUAGUGGAUUGUGGUCUUGUGCAUUAUCAAUAUUGGGACCAUGGUUCGAAACCUUUUGGCGGAAAUCGUUUUUGCCGGCUCAUAACUUUAACACUUCCACAUUUUUGUGAGAAUUUUUUUCCAAAAUUUACAUAAAACUGGCAGAAAACUAUUAUUUAUACUACUUUACUCAAGCCAAGUCUUUCUUCUCGUAUUGAGGGGGAUAUUCUCAAAUAUUUUGUUGGAAGACAGGCAAUAAACAGCAUAGUUAUUAAAUUUAAGCUUGUUUCGUGAAAAUUUCUGUUGGAAAAUUUGAAAUCGUCAUAAUUUCUGGCGCCUGUAACGCGAAACCGAACGAAAAAGUUUCAUUUUCGGUUUUUUUUUUGUCAUGUUAUUGUAUUUCUGUUUAGUACACUUGUGUCCAAAAGACAGGUAGUCGCUUUCCAAAAAUGCUCAAAGUUUCAUAACAUAUCUACUCGACGUGAACUUUCAUAAACAGAUCGUUUUCUUCGGCGUUUGCCCAUGAGGUAGAGAAAGAAACGAAAAAAAAAUUUCGAAUUAAUAUGGGAUUUUUGUGAAAUUUAAUUGUAAAUUUUUUUGAAAAAAAUCUCACAAAAAAAUGUGAAAAUGUUAAAGUUAUAAGCUGGCAAAAACGAUUUCCGCCAAAAGGAUUCGAACCCUGGUCACAAUAUUGACAGUGCACAAGACCACAACCCACUACACCACGCCGCCAGUUGCUAGCCAAAGGCUCCGAGCGCGGCCAUAUCCGCGCUGGAAAAAUUUCGACGAGCUUUUCCUCAGCCGCCUGUGGGGUUUAGCAGAAUUUUAUUUUUGAUUCCGAGUACUCUCACCUAGGCCUAUCCACCCACAAAGUCUCAACUCUCAACUCGUUGUCGAGCGGAGACCAUGCCCUAGUCAGAAGGCAUUUUUUUUCUUACUAUUUUCAUGCAAAAGGAAUUAAAUCGGUUCAGCUGCGCUGGAAGAAGAAGAGGAGGAGGAGGAGGUAGAUAUCGAAGACGAGGAAGACUUUGAGGGUCACGUCGAAGACGGCGAAAUGCCUGGAACCAGCAAUUCCAGUCCCGAAAAGAAACCCGAAGCUCCUGCGAGGGCUUCUUUGCCCGAAUUCAUCAGAAGCAUCAUGGAUGAGGUCGGUAUAUGAGAAGACGUAGUUUCAGAAAGAUUCAGUUGUCAUUAGAAUAAGAUGAUUUCUUGAUAUCAUCAAUAGAAUUAAGGGACUGGGAUAUACAAUUUAGAAUUUCAUUUCUGGCUCAAAAUUUGAGCAAAAGCAGAAAUGACGGCUUUGGUUUUGUUAAUCAAUUUAGAAGAACUAAACGAACCUUUCAGUUGGAAUGUUUGCGGAAAAGUAUAUUCAACUCCCCUCAGACCCUGAAUGUUUCUUUCAUAGUUAUAUUAAAAACUAUUUUUUUUCUCGAUUUUCAAUUCAAUCACGAUCUCUCCUUCAGAUGGUCUCUGAAGGAAGUUCCAGCAGAUCUGUCGAAAAAAAACCGACUCCCGGAUCAACGCACGAAAAAGUCGCGAACAUUCUGAAACGAACCACCCAAAGAUCCGAAGAAACAGAUCAACCGACUUCAGUUCCGAACCUUUCGGGAACUUUGAAAAGCGAACUAGAUGCUCAGGAAGACGCCUAUGAAAGGUUCCGAAUAACCUGUUUUCUCGACAAACAUGUGUGAGAUUUAGUCAGCGAAAAAGGCCGGUGGCGGAUAAAAAGAGUUCGAAAACUUUGGACGCUUUGCUCGGUCAGGCCAACCUUCUGAUUGCCAGAGGAGACCACGAAAACUCACUAGAAAUGCUUAUGGAGGUUGUUUCUUUUGAUUUACGAAAGAUCAUUUUAUACUUGUUGGGGAAUUUUCAAAUGGUUUUUGAAACCGUUUGAAUUAUUUUUGAAAUAUUCUUAAUUUUUCAAAAAUCAAAGAAAAAAAUAGUAGUUCGAGACAAAGAAAAAAAUGAAAAAUUUAGACUGUUGACUGAUUUUUUUAGUCGUGUUUCUCCGUUUGAACGUUGAAAAGAAGCUUAGCCGCUCUGAACAGAAAUAUUAGGGAUAUAUACAGAAAACAAUGUUUUUCCUCUCAUGUUAUAUUGAUACGGAGCUUUUUUUUGCCUUGAAGUCAUUAUUUCAGUUCAUUUAGCCGCAAAUGUUUAGAAUUUGAAUAGAAUUAGUAAUUUCAUAGAGUUGGAAAAAGGUUCCUUUUUUCUUGUUCACAGAAAUUCUUCUUUUUCAUUGAAUUUCCUUUUUUCGAAGCGACCUUUUUAGUUUAAUUUGGAAAUGUCUUUUUUUUCAAAAUUUUUCCCCUGUUUUCAACGGAAACUUUUCUAAAUGAGAAAUUUCAGGUAAUAAGACUGGAUUCCAGAAAUUCAGUUGCUUACCGCCAAGUUUCGACGAUUUACCACAUGAACGGAGAAGUUCAGCGGGCUCUUCAGUUCGUUUCUUGGUUCCAGCAGAUGAAAGAGUGUUCUGUUGAAGAUAUGGUCUUCUUUCGGCUCAUCUCGACUCGAAAACUUCAGCGCCGGAAUGGAUUCAUUGGGGCGACGAAUCGAAGAAUCUCUAUAUGUAUGAGGAGGCGGCUGCUUGUUACAGUCGAGGUAAGGAGCUCUCAACGAGACUCGAAAAAAGAAUGGAAUUGAAAUUCCGACUCUGAUGUCUACUUUCGAGUCUUCGAGACCUAGAUUGAACUGGUGAAACUCAUUCCGCCCUAGCUUUUCAUUUUUUUUAAUCGAAGAAGAAGAUCGUUUACCAAGUAAGAACAAAUUUGAGCAGCACUUCAAGACAUUUGUUUUUGCCGUCUUUCUGGGAGUUUUAUAUAACAAGGGGGUUUUUAUAAUAUAAUUGAAAAAAAUGAAUCACCGUUAACCAUUAUUUCGAUCCCAUCGAUGAUUUAUUGAAUGUUUCGUUUUUCAGCGUUACGAAGCGACCAAACCUCCUACGAAGGGUACCAAAAGCGCAUCGAAAUGCUGGAUUUGCUCGGUCUGCGGCCCUUGGCCAUGAGAACUCGACUACAAGCCGCGCAAAUGAUCGAUUCUUCCGCGUCGGGAAUUACCUUCGAUUGGUUCCAGAACCUCAUCAAAACGGUAGAAAAAUAACCUCUGAGAGAAGUAAAAUCAUCAAUUUAUAAGAAAUAACAGUAAAAAAGGUUAAAAAUUGAAAUACAUUUUUUUUUUUUGCAAGAGAGAUAACAUCAGAACUUUCUAGAAUUGGCUGAAAGUUUAGUUUGAAUUUGAUUCAAAGGUGAAAAAAAGAUUUAAAAGAUGGAUCAAAUGAAUUUUGAAAAAAACAAUUUCAAAAACGUAUUUAUUUGAAAAAAAAAAGGUUUCAGCUUGCCCAGUACUACAUGACGAUCAACGACGAAGAAAGGGCGAUUCAGGCCUUGGAAGCUUUUGUCUACAGAAGUAUGGAGUUUGGUCGAUCCGCAGAUGCCCAACAUGAUACUUUGAUAAGUAAUCAAAUGUUUCUUCUCGCAGAAAAUCGAAGUUUUCUCCAGGUAUGCUCAUUUUGAAAGGACGAUUCUCGGCGGCCGCCACUUCUAUCUUGGCUCUUUGCCCGGGAAUCCAAGUUUUCCGGUGUUCUGAUGAUCAACCGGCUUUCACGGUUCGUUUUGAAGUUCUACGAGGAUAUAGAUAAUGUAGAAUAUAUAUAUAUAUAUCUCCAAGUAGCGACAACAGAAAUUUAGUUUUUAGAGAAUAUCUCGUAAAAGGAAUUUAAUAUAAACGUUCAAUGGAUAUGUUUAGUGUUGAAGAACUCUAUCAUUUUUUUUUUCUAAUUGACUAGUCGUGUUUGAUUUGUUUCUUCCUGUAGAUCUCCCACUCGAACGGAUCUCCACUGGUUGUUCCCUUCCCGCCGACUGUUCCUAUCCGGUUCCGAAUCGACGACCGUUUCAGAACGGAAAUGCUCGCCAGACUGAUCCACUGCUUCAUUGCCCUGGGCAGGCUGGAAAUAGCCAAGGUUGGAGGGAAAAAUAGAAGGUUUCGGAAAACGAAAGAAGUUUAGGAUUUGGUGAACGAACUGUUGGAAAGGGACCUCUCUCAAUCUGAAAUCGAGCCUCUCGCUCUGGAAAUCGCCCGGGUUUUCAUCAGUUUCGACAAGCAGAAAUUAGCCAAAGUUUGUUUUGGCCGGAUUUUCGGAGUUAGGAAGAAAAACUGCGGCUGGUUAUUUUCCUAUCAUUUUUCACGAGGCACUUUCAUCGGCUUUUUAUAAAUUUCUAAAAAUCAGUUCUCCGAAAGGUUUAUAGAAAACGGUAGAGAAUUCUUUUUUCAGCUAGAAUAUCUUUUCAGCGUGUUUCGAGACCUUCUUUGAAAGAAGAUUUUCUAGUUAAAAUUAAAGGAAACUUUGUUUCAGAAGUUUUUGGACGACCUGGCCCAGUACGACUACUACACGGAGUACAGCGCGGAGUACUGGUUCAUCUACGGCGGAAUUUACAUGUCGGCGAAAGAAGAUGAACUGGCGAUGGACGCCUAUGAAAGGGUAUCCAGUCGAAUCCUGAUGUUUUGAGACGAUUUCGGGCGUUUUCUCAGGUCUUGGAACUGAAUCCGUCGCACGUCGACAGUAGAAUCACUUUGUCGACUUUGCAACAGCGCGCCGGGUUCGCCGACCGAGCUCUCGACACUCUGAGGGGCCACGAUCUGGAUCAGUGCACCCAGUUGCCGGUCGGUUAAAGGAUUACAAGAAUUGUGCAAAAUCGAGUAAAAAUGAAAAAUAAGCCUUCCUGAUGAGACUUCCUGAUAGCUGAAAUACGCCUUUCUACUGAAUCAAAAAAAUGUUUUUAUUUCACUUCUAAAAAAAUUUAUAUUUUCAUUUUCGAAUCCUUAUGUGACCCGAGUAAUAAAAGCUCUUAUAUCUUACUAUAAAAAAUUAGAUUUGUAGAUAUUCAGAAACCUGGCUUCAUUUUCAGGACGAGAGACUUCUUGUUCGUCAGGCCGAUGUCCUUUUCGAGCGCCAGGAAAUCGAUCAGUUCAUCCACACGACUAGGUUUUUCUGUCUUGGAGUUUCUCCAACUUUGAUUCAUUCGUAGGCUUCUGCUCGCGCCUCAUUUCUACGAAGUUCACCGUGAAAUGGAUCAGACGGGGAAAAAGAGAAACGUCAGGGCCAGUGGUUUGGAAAUUAGAGAUUUCUGACGAAAUUUGCUUCUCAGGAGUGGGAAUUUCGUUGAGCAACGUCUUGAGGUCGGCUGCAGUGAACGCCUUGGUCAAUACGCAUUGGGAGAGACUCGUCCGUCGUCUUGGCCAGAAUGCCGUCAAAACCGGAAGAAAUACGGAUACUCUUGAUAUCUCUGCUGUGAGAGCUUCUCAGAAGCCCUUUCUAGUUGGGAAUUGUGGGUUCAGAUCCACGACUACUCCCUGAAACUCAUCGAAAGUCUCAUCGACAAGAAAAGAUUCGGAGACGCCCUCGUCGUCUGUUGCUACGCUUUCCUGCAGCCGCGUCUCUACAAAAAGUCGGACCGGUACGGUUUCAGGCAAUUCUGUCAUUACCUCCAAUUUAGGGUUUUCCAAAAAAGGUACGGAAGUUUCAGUUUUUGAUGAGAAUUUCUUUUUCAAUAAAUGGUUUGCAACAAUCUAUAACUGACAGAUUUUUGACAAAAAAAACUUUCAAAUCUAAUUUUUUCGUGCUUUCGAUAGCAAAAAAGGCUCUUCAAAAAUUCAAAAAUUCGAGAAACCUUUGAGAAAUGAUAUAAAGAGAUAAUUUCUAUUUUUUUAUUAUCAUAGUUCUCAAAGUUUUUGCACAAUGAUAUAUAAUAUCAUUUUGAAAAAUUUUUAUUUUAUUUUUUUCUGCAAAAAAAGUUGAUUUAUUGAAAAAAACCUUCUCAAUAGUUUUUAUGGAUUUUAAACGGGACGAAGUUUUUUACUCUUGAAAAUUAUUUCGAUAAAUUCGUGUUGAGUUAGAGAACUCUUAUGGGAAUAUUCCUUCGAAGGAGAAUUGAGAAAUUUGUUUAAAAAGUGGUAUUCUCCACUGUGAGAAAAAUUAUCAGGCUGAGUCUAAUAUUUAAGGACCUUUUUUAAGUUUCAGUUUCAUUUACUCAUCUACUCUACGAGAUAGAUGAGAAAGAAGUACAUUUGAGCUAUUUUAAAGCUUCGCCUAUUUUUUGAUAUUUAAAGGAAGAUGAUUGAAUGAAGAAAAUCAUGAAUUGAAUUUCCCAAGGUUUUUGUUGCAGAAUGAACACAUUCCACAAUCUUCUCUACUUUUGCGCGAUCAAAGCUCAUUCCUGGACCUUGGCCUUUGAAUAUAUCCGCUGGUAUCACCAUUACGUCACUGUAUGUUCUUUUUCAUCUUGAAGAUGAUUUGAAUGGAAGAAAUCUGCAGACGACGAUGUCCCAACUCCUUCCCAACGACCCGAAUGUGUUGCUCCGAAGAGUGGCCAACGCGAUGAACUUCGUCUUUGUCAAUUCUCAGAAUAUUUCCUAUCAUCGUUACAUCAUGAGAGCUCUUGCGAAGGUAUUUUCUCGGAAGCUAGGAACUUUUGUGUUCUUUCGAGUCAACUUUUUUGAUUUGCUGAAAGCUACGUUUUGCUCAAAAGAGAUUCAAUGCCAUUCAAUUUUUGUAUUGAAAUAGAAUUUACUGUUUUGUCGUGUUUUCUUUUUUUACACAGUUCUGAUUUUUCUCAAAUUUUUUUAAUACUGUGCAAUAAAUGGAGGCUUUCGAAGCUGAUCGAUUAGUUUCCUAGCUGAAAAUUCUAAGAGUUCCAAUGAAAUUUGAAAGUUUAGCUCAAAAUCGGCUCAAGGAUUUUUGAAAAUAAAAAGAGAUAAAGGAAACUUUUAAUUUUCAGGCGCCGGAGAGCCUCGCUUUACAAACGAUUUCGGGUAACAAUUCGCUUAUCACCGGAACUUAUCGACAUGCUCUUGGUUACUCAUUUUUUGAAAUACACUUGGAAAAACGUCAAGGGUUCAGGUGAAUAUUUAAGGGUUCACAAGAACCCGGACAACCAGGACGACUCUCUGAUGUGUUUGAUGCUCAGUUUGACAUUUACUCAUAUGGCAUGCAAGAAGGAUUUGUCCAGUCGCCAUCUUAUUGCAUUGAGGGUUCGUCUUACGAACUGAGGGAAGAAAGCUAUCAGAGAAAACAAUGAAAAUGUCCUGAAAACAGAGUUCACAGCAUACGGGCUAGCGUUAUUUUCACUUUUGCAUCCCCACAUUUUUAGAUGGCUCCAAAAACAUCAUUAAAAAAACUGAACUAUAUAAAACGUUAUUUUUCAAAAGGAAGAAAGGGGGUGCGACAAGUAACGUCACACAUUUGAAAAGUUGCCUGGCCCGCGUAUGGGUCACAGUAGGAACGUAAAUAUACUGAAUUUCAAAAAAAGGUUUUGCUCUUAAUUGCUCCUAAUUCUUUUGGUUGUCAACUUUGUCUUUUUCAAUCUUUAGUAUUUCUUUGGGAAUUCGCUCUAAUGAGCAAAGCUCAAAAUGACUAGCCACGUAUUUUCUUCAUUAGAAUAUUUCGGAUAUUUUAGAUCUGUAAAUUCAGACUUGAAUAUAAGUUUUUCUCAUUUUCAAUAACUAAACCUUUUUUGAAUAUUUUUUAUGCAAUUUGGUUAAUGUAGAAUAGUUAAGAUGUUUUCAUUCACACAGAAUUUUUCAAACCAACUCUCGAAUAUUCUUAUAAAAAAGGAUCAGAAAGUUUUGCAGGGCCUAGCGUUCAUGAAAAGGUAUGCGAAGAACCGGAAGGUCAAGCCAGAAGUCUUUUAUAACAUCGGGCGGAUGUUCCACCAGAUGGGCCUCGUACACAUCGCCAAGCACUUCUAUGAGAAGGCUUGUCCAUUUGCAAUACUGAUAAUACUUUUUACUCAUGAUUUCAGGUCUUAUCCGCUGACCCGCCUCUUGUGUACUACUUCGACAGAGACGCCAACGAGCAUUCUUAUCACUCGAAAAGGUAAAAAAAAAGAUUCGAAACUUUUCGGCUGCAAUUUCAUUCCUGAAGAAUGAGGAAUAAAUGGAAAAUUGAAAAUUUCCAAUUUAUUCCGAUAAUAAAGUGUGAUGAAUGUUGAAGAUAAAUGAAACUCCAUUUAACUUCAUUUCUCUGAAUUUACAAUUUAGUUUCGAAAAUGGUGUUUUCGAAAAUUCCGUGGUCUUCUUUCUAUUUUUUUUUUCAAUUCUGUCAAAGUUUUACUCAAAAAUAAUGAUAUAAAAAUGUAUUCUUAAUGAAAUUCAAAAAGCUCCAAUUGAACGACGAACACUUGAAAAAAAAAACUUCAUUGGAAAAAGAUUGAAUAUCAAAUAAUAAAGUAAUUUUUAAACGUUAAGGUACGAUUUGAGGCCGAUGGCCGCCCACAACCUGGCGCUGAUCUUCAAGAACAGCGGAAAUGAACUCGCCGCACGGGACAUUUACGAGAAAUUUCUUGUUGUUUGA